AGCGAGGGCCGGGGUAAAGCAGUGCGAGCUCGGCCCGUCUCGGCCUCCUUUCUUCCGCCUGCGCCGGGACGCGAGGCCGGGGCUCGGGGGAGGCCUAGGCCGCGGGUCGCUAGGCAACAGCGCGGCGCGUUGGGAGCGUCAUUUCCGGUGCGCCGCUUCCCGUAGUGCCGCCGCCAUGGCCGCCGCCGCCGCGUCCCGCCGCGUCUCGGUGUUCCCGUCGCCGCAGGAGCUGGGCCCGGCCCUGGCGCAGCUGGUGGCCGAGCGGGCGGUGGCGGCGGCGGCCGGCGGGCGCUUCUCGCUGGGUCUCUCGGGAGGGAGCCUGGUUGGGAUCCUCUCCCGGGACCUGCCCGCCGUUAUCGCCGCCGCAGGCCCCGCCGCUCCGGCCCGCUGGCUGGUGGCCUUCUGCGACGAGCGGUUGGUGCCGCCCGAGCACCCGGAAAGCACCGCCGGGGCCUACGAGGCCCAGCUGCUGCCGCGGCUGCCCGGCCCCGGGCCGCGGGUGCUGACCCUCACCCCCGGGCUGCCCCCCGCCGCCGCCGCCGCCGACUACGCCGAGCAGCUCCGCCAGGUUUUCCCGGGUGAGGAGGUGCCCGUCUUCGACCUGGUGGUGCUGGGGGUCGGGCCGGACGGACACACCUGCUCCCUCUUCCCCGGCCACCCCCUGCUCCAGGAGAAUGAGAAAAUAGUUGCUGCUAUCACCGACUCUCCGAAGCCGCCGCCGGAGCGAAUAACGUUAACCUUGCCCGUGCUGAACGCUGCGCGGAUGGUCGUGUUUGUGGCUACGGGGGAAGGCAAAGCUGCGGUUUUAAAGCGCAUUUUGGAGGGCGACGAGGAAAAUCCGCUUCCUGCUGCGCGUGUCCGGCCUCGCUCCGGGCAGCUGCACUGGUUCUUGGACGAGUCGGCAGCCAAGGAGCUGACCCUUCCUGUCGAGAAACAUUCCGUCUUGUAGAGCCGACCGCGGCCGGGCCUGGGCGACGAUACCGCGGCGCUGGCUGCGCGACAUUCCGGGUGAAGAACGCCACGUCUGAUCGUAGCGCUCGAAUUGUGGCACAAAACGUGAUUUUUUUUUUUUUUUAAUCCUCUUUCUAGAACAAACGGUGCUUUGCCGAGCGCAAAUCUCCACGCCGUAAUUCCUUCGGUUCGGUGGGGGCCAGGCUGGAGUCGCGCACGGCGACGGCGUCACGCGGUUGGUUUUGGUCGCCGUGACGUGAAAGGGACGUGCGAUAAUUAAACGGAUGGAUUUCAGCUCUUCCA